CCUCGCUAUCCUCAUUUCUAUUUCCGCGAUGGACGAUGAUGCAAAGGAAUGUCAGUACGAGGACCCGACGUUCUUUAAAAGUGUCCGAAAUUACUUCAGGGAGUACUGCCAGUGCACUAGCAUCCAUGGUUUCAGAUAUUUUGGAGAGAAAAGAAGCUACAUUGAAAGGGCUUGGUGGUUCAUUGUAUUUUCAUUGGUACUAGCUGGAUGCGUGAUAGCAAUAAGAGAAGUAUACGAGAAAUGGAUAAGGAGUCCGGUUAUUGUUAGCUUCGCCACAAAAGAAACUCCCAUAUACUCCAUACCGUUUCCAGCAGUCACCAUCUGCCCAGAAUCGAAAACUUCCCAAGCGCUGUAUAAUCAUACGGCAAUGUUUCGCAAAAAACUGAUGAUGGAAGAGCUAACUAAAGAAGAACAGCGUAUCUCCGAUUACAUGGGCUUGAUAUGUACGAACGACGGAUACGAAGAUUCCGAUGUUUAUUAUUUUUCAGAUGACUUUUAUAAUACCAUCGAUGAGUUCAAGUGCACUUUCCCCUUCUUCUACUGUGCAUAUAUGCGUAAAGUUGUAGACUGCAGUGAAUUGUUCAUUCCUGUAAUAACAGAUGAAGGUAUCUGUUAUACUUUCAACAUGCUGGAUCGAACUGAGAUUUAUAGAGACAGAGUCGUCCAACACUCCGACUUUUUAUCGAUGGGCAAUACGAGUGCGAACGAGUGGAACCUCGAUGACGGCUAUGGACCUGAUAUAGGCCUGGAUGCGUACCCGCGCAGGGCACUCCUAGCAGGUGCUGAUAACUCCUUAACUAUAUUCCUCCUGUCGAAUAGAUCUGAUUUGGACUACACGUGUAAAGGAGCUUUGCAAGGGUUUAGGGUGACCCUCCAUACGCCUAUGCGAAUACCAAGACCAAGUCAACAGUACUUCAGAGUACCGCUGAACCAAGAGGUGCUAGCUGCCAUUCGCCCUGAUAUGAUACUGACCUCGACCUCCGUCAAGAUGUACAACCCCAAAAAGAGAGAAUGCUACUUCCCACAAGAGAAGACUUUGAAAUAUUUCAAAAUCUACACUUCCAUGAACUGCAAAUUGGAAUGCCUCACCAACUACACACUUUACUAUUGCGGAUGCGUCAACUACUUUAUGCCAAGGGACAACGACACCUACCUAUGUGGUAUUGGCGCUGCCGAAUGCAUGAAAGAAGCGGCCGAAACUUUGCAGAUCAGAGACCUGCAUCGCGAGAUCGACAAGCCUCGCGUGAACAAAACUAAAGGAGGCGACUUUGAAGACGGCUAUUUUCCAGACUGCGAUUGUAUGCCAAUAUGUACAGAUCUGACUUACCAUGCGGAGAUCACUCAGAGCGACUGGCCGUGGCAGGAAUUUAUCAAGGCGAGAACUGUUAAUGAUACAAUGGCAGAAGACGAGGUCAACUUAUCAAGACUCACCUUGUACUUCAAGUCUUCGCGCUUUAUAACUUCACAAAGACAUGAGCUGUACGGUCCCACGGACUUCCUGGCCAAUUUCGGAGGGUUAUUGGGAUUAUUUACCGGAUUCUCUAUAUUGUCACUGAUGGAAGCUAUUUACUUUCUUACCGUGAGGAUUUGUUGUAACACCAGGCUCUACGGAUACUGGGCGGGACCAGCAAAAUAAAUUCAAUUUAUAACAUAGGUAAUAGUCGCAUUGUCAUUGAUCAAUAAUGAAAUAUAUCUUAAAUUAA